UAUAAACUGACUUCAAGAUGGCGGUUGUCUGUUGGUAAACACUUCCAAAAAAUCUUAUUCUGCUUCUAAAAGGACUCGAAAAUGAAGAGAGUGUUCAGUAUCCCCGAGAAAGCAACUGGUGGUGGAAAUGUGAGAUAUUGCUGGCAACAGAGUCAAGGGUCUUACCUUGCUGUGGCUGGAUCUACUAAAAACAUCCCAAUAUAUGACCGCCAUGGCCAACAAGUUGAUGAAAUCAUCCUUCCUGGGUUGUGUACUGGUAUUGCUUGGGAUAAAGAUGGAGACACACUUGCAAUAAUACAAGACAAAAAUGGAAUUAUUUUCUUGUGGGAUUCCAAUUCAUUAAAGACUACACAACUGGAGAGUGGACUAAAGGACACUCUUACUUUUUUACUCUGGUCAAAAGUUGGACCUCAAUUGGCAAUAGGAACAUCUAAGGGAAAUCUUUUGAUUUACAAUCAUCAGACAUCAAGGAAAAUUCCCAUCCUUGGAAAACACACAAGAAAAAUUAUCUGUGGAUGCUGGAAUCAAGAGAAUUUAUUGGCUCUUGGUGCAGAAGAUAAAUCAAUAACUGUUAGCAGUGCCGACGGUGAUACUAUCAGACAGGCCACUCUCCGUUCAGAGCCAGCAGAAAUCCAGUUUAGUGAAAUGAAGACUGAUGAGAGGAGCUCUGUUGCAGAAGCUACUGUGAGCAUGAUAGUGGGCAAAAAGACAUUGUAUCUUUACAAUCUGAAUGACCCAGAAAAUCCUAUUGAACUAGCAUUCCAACAAAGAUAUGGUAACAUCAUUGCAUACAGAUGGUUUGGAGAUGGCUACAUCAUGAUAGGCUUUUCCAAUGGAUUUUUUGUUGUUAUCUCAACUCAUAUGAAAGAAAUUGGUCAGGAGUUAUAUCAAACCCGUGACCACAAGGACUUACUCACUGAUAUUGCUGUAUCUACACAACUGAACAAAGCUGCUUCAUGUGGAGAUAACUGCAUCAAGAUUCAUGACCUUAAUGAAAUGAAGGAAAUAUAUGCUAUCAUAACUGUUGAAGAUGCUGGAGGUAAUCUAGACAAGAUCUCAUGGACUGAUGAUGGUCAGUUGAUUGCAGUCAGUACUCAAAAGGGUGCUAUUCACGUUUAUCUGACCAAGUUACCCAUCCUUGGAAAUUCUUGCGGAACAAAAAUGGCAUAUCUGACUUCACUGAGAGAGGUCACCAUUUUCGACAGCAUUGCUCAGGAGCGUCCACUCAGUGUAGAUAUUGUCGUAGAGCCCACUUUCGUAGCUCUCGGUCCCUACCAUCUGGCUGUGGGUAUGAACAACAGGGCAUGGUUCUAUGAUCUGAGUGACAAAGGCACAGAGCAGUUAAAGGACAGAGAGUACCUGGGUACUGUCACUAGUCUUCAUCUCAAUUCAGACUAUGCAGCAGUUCUCUUUGAGAACAAAGUUCAGCUGCAUUUGAUCGAAGGUGAAAGCAUGGAUUCAUCAGGUGAAAGAGAAACACGCCUUUUCCCAGAUAAAGACAGCCAAGGGAGGAUAACAUGCUGUGCUCUGACUUCAGAGUUCCUCAUUUUCGGGACAGACAAUGGAGGUCUCCAAUACUUCUUCAUUGAAGACUGGCAGUAUGUUAAUGAGUUCAGACAUGUUGUUGGUAGGUAUCAUAAACAUCAUUGCGAUGUGUUCUGUGGUUAUGAUGAUGACAAGAUAUUCACUUACAUAUUCUACAAGGAUACAAUAACCGGACCCCAGUGUAUCAUGGCUGGAACUACUAAACUUCCUUAUGCACAGAAGCCCUUGAUGCUGUACAAUGGAGAAAUGACUUGCCAAACGCCAAGUGGAAAGACGUCCAAACUGAGCCUGUCUACCCAUUUCUUCCACGAGAAGCCUCAGGAUUUACCUCAAAGUGAGCUCAAGACAUGUUUCAACCAGUGCAUCACCCUGAAAAGGUUUAAAGAAGCAUGGUCCAUCGCCAAGACGCUAGACUCCAAGCUAGAGUGGGUAGAACUGGCCAAGAAAGCUGUCCAGCAUUUGGACCUUGAACUUGCCAUCAAGGUGUACCGAAAAAUAGGGGACGUGGCAAUGGUUCUGUCUCUUGAGAAAAUCAAGGGGUUGGAAGAUAAGAACCUGUUGUCGGGUUACGUUGCUAUGUUUUUAGAAGACUACAGUACUGCACAGGACUUAUUCCUAUCGUCAUCAUACCCGUUAGCCGCUUUAGAGAUGAGGAGAGAUCUUCUUAACUGGGAUCAGGCACUGGAGCUGGCUAAGACCUUGGCACCAGAACAGAUUCCCUACAUCUCUAGGGAAUACGCACAGCAACUGGAGUUUACUGGAGACUAUGCUAACUCGUUGAUGCACUACGAGAGAGGAAUAACAAAUCUACCUCAGGAACGGGAACAUGAUGAGGCUUGUCUUGGCGGAAUGGCUCGCAUGGCUAUUCGAGUUGGGGACAUAAGAAGAGGCGUUCAACUUGCAGCCAAGAGUCCAAACAGACAUCUUAAGAAAGAAUGUGCAGCUAUUUUAGAAAACAUGAAGCAAUACACAGAGUCAGCGGUACUCUACGAGAAAGGGCAGUACUGGGACAAGGCAGCUGGUGUUUACAUGAAAACUAAAAACUGGGCAAAAGUUGGUGAACUGCUUAAUCACGUGACAUCACCCAAGUUACAUGCCCAGUAUGCCAAGGCCAAAGAGGCUGAUGGGAAGUAUAAGGAGGCAGCUAGAGCAUAUGAAGCGGCUAAAGACUAUGACAAUGUCAUCAGGAUCAACCUCGACUACUUGCAAAAUCCAGAGGAAGCUGUACGUGUUGUCAAGGAAACCCAGUCAGUAGAAGGAGCCAAGAUGGUCGCCAAGUUUUUCCAGAAUCUCGGGGAUUUUGCCUCUGCCAUUCAGUUUCUCGUGCUCUCCAAGUGUAAUGACGAAGCAUUCCAACUGGCACAAGCUCACAAUCAAAUGGAGCAGUAUGCGGACAUUAUAGGUGAUGAUGCUACCAAGGAAGACUACUCCAGCAUCGCUAUGUACUUUGAAAAUCAAAAGCAGUACUUCCUGGCUGGAAAGUUUUAUCUGAAGGCCAUUCAACAUGCCAAGGCUUUGAAGCAUUUCCUAAAGUGCCCAGUGACAGAUGAUGGUGAAUCUGUGGAGCUUGCUAUCGAGACUGUUGGUCAAGCCAGUGAUGAUAUUCUCACCCAUCAACUGAUUGAUUUUCUUAUGGGAGAAACAGACGGUAUUCCUAAGGAUGCCAAAUAUCUGUUCCGUCUUUACAUGGCCCUCAAGCAAUACCGUGAGGCAGCGCGCACCGCGAUCAUUAUCGCACGUGAGGAUCAGAAUGCUGGUAACUACCGUAAUGCGCAUGACGUUCUCUUCAGUAUGUACCAAGAAUUGAUCCAACACAAGAUCAAAAUACCUACUGAGAUGGGCCAGAACCUGAUGAUCCUACACAGCUACAUUCUCGUUAAGCUUCAUGUCAAGCGCGGAGACCACUUGAAAGGAGCUCGUAUGCUAAUUAGAGUGGCCAAUAAUAUCAGCAAGUUCCCUGCACACAUCGUGCCCAUCCUCACGUCCACUGUGAUCGAGUGCCAUCGGUCUGGUCUGCGUAAUUCUUCAUUCAGUUAYGCAGCCAUGCUCAUGCGUCCUGAAUACAGACAAAAGAUUGAUCUUAAAUACAAGAAGAAAAUCGAGCAGAUUGUCAGAAAACCGGACAAGACCGAAGAAGAUGAGCCACAAGACCCAUGUCCAUUCUGCAACUAUGAAGUACAGCAAACUAAACUGGACUGUCCAGAUUGUAAAAACACUAUUCCAUACUGCAUUAUCACGGGUCGUCACAUGCUAAAGAAUGACUGGAGUAUGUGUCCAAACUGUAAAUUUCCUGCUUUAUAUUCAGAGCUUAAAAGUCUUCUUGAGUCUGGUGAGACUGUGUGUCCCAUGUGCACUGUGGUGAUGGUUGCAUCAGAUGUCAAACACAUCAAGGAUCCAUCUUCUUUCUUGAAGCCCACUGAUGCAGCAGAUUGAAAACAUUGUUGUUCACUUAUUUAACCAAGGCAACACAUUACUCUGUAUAUAUAAUCAAAGGAUCUGUUUUAUGAACAAAUCUUCAACAAUGACCUUUUUUUUUUGAUAAUCCACCUAUAGACCCCUUGCAGCAUGUUGGAAUGCAGCUCAAUUUGGAGGAUAUUACAAUCGGCUUUCAAUUCUCAGGAGAUUGAAAUUCUGCUGCUUUGAUGUCACAUGCAAGGGGUCUCUAGCUUGAAUUAUGUUACAUGUGCAUGUAGAUAUUCUUUAAGUGCAUUCUUUGUUGACCAUAUUUAUAGUAUUAGUAAGGUAUAAGCGACCUUCACAUAACAUGCACUUGAAAUGCAUGUUGUAAAUGGUUAACAGCCAAACCAGGUUGCAAAUAAAGCAUCACUAAAGUAUUAUGACACUGGUCUGCAUAAUCUUCUCCUGCCAUAACCUUCAUUUUGCAGUUCGAUAUUUCCUGAACUUGAUUAGCUGAAAGAUGACUAAGUCAGACAUUAUAAAACCACUAUUUCUCCCUGCACACUUCCGAGACAAGCUCUCCACUGAUCAAAGACAUAAUCUCACGGAUCAAAUUUGAAUUCACUUUUUUGAUGGUAGGAAGUUCCCAGAUCCCCGAGUGAGAAAGACCACCAAAUCAAGGUAGAGACCUAACAAACUCUGAACAUACUGACACAAAGAUACCCAGUGCACUACUGCUACACCACCCUUCAUUUUUCCUGUCUAUAAAUGCUUCUUCACUGGAGAAACAAUAAAUGAUCACAGAGAAAAUAUCAAA